AUGAACAUCGAUCCUCUGCUCAGAGGCUCGCCGCCCAAACCACGCGACUCCUUUCAAAAUGGUGCGACCACCACUGCUUACUCACCAAUGCAACCCAGUCCCAAUAAUUCCUACCAAUCUAUUGCAACCCCCAACUAUUACUCCAGCCAUCCACAGACUCAAGACAGUCCCGACGACCAGAGUCCCUCCGCCAACCCCAAUGACCCUAAUGAUCUCAAAAGACCUCGCGCUUGUGAGGCUUGUCGACAGCUGAAGGUCAAGUGUGAGCCCGAUGACAAUCAUCCCACCGGCUCCUGCAAGCGAUGCGCCAAAGCAAACAGGCAGUGUAUCGUGACUGCUCCAAGCAGAAAGAGACAAAAAAAGACCGAUAGCAGGGUCGCUGAGCUCGAGAAAAAGAUCGACGCCCUCACUGCCACCUUAGCAGCUCGUGGUGGAAACGAACCGGACCCUGCGGUCGACCCAAACAUCUCCCAUCCACAACAAACACCUGUCCCACGCCCAGCUACAACCUAUCCUGACCCCUGGCAUCCACCACCACCUGUUACCCACCAGUCUCCUCAGUCUAUCAGUCAGGGCGUCAAAAGAAAGAUCACGAACGAGUAUGAUUAUUUUGGAGGCGAGCUACACAAAGCCUCAGCUCCUGCAUAUAAACCCGUCGCUGCAGCUCCUCAAUUUCAACCAUAUGCCGAACCAGUCAAGGUAAAAUCGGAUCCGGAGGAUUGGUCUACUUACGAUGCUGUCGACAGUGGCUUGGUUGAUCUGAACACUGCUCGGAAGUGUUUUGACCGAUACAAGGCAGAAAUGUGUGAUCAUCUACCCUUGGUGGUCUUCCCUAACGGUACCACUGCUGAUGAUAUCCGCAAGAUGAAGCCAAUGCUUUUUGCCGCUGUAGUGGCCGUUGCCUCUGGCACUAUCAGGCCAGAGCUACAACCAAGACUGAUCAAUGAGGUAACCAAGGUCAUGGCUGAUCGAGUCAUGUAUCGUGGUGAGAAGUCCCUGGAGAUGGUCCAGGCCAUGCAGGUCAUGACUUGUUUCUAUCAGCCACCGGACAAAUACGAAGAAUUGAACUUCAACCAACUCAUUCAUGUUGCGGCCGUCAUGGCUAUGGAUAUUGGCAUGGGCAAGCGAGCUAGACGAGGUGGCGGAGGCAUCUGGAGACCCUAUCAUGAUAAUAAACGACCCUUAUCUGAUCCUAACAGUGCUGAGACCCGCCGAUGCUGGUUGGGAACCUACUACAUGUGCUCCAAUUCCUCCAUGUCUCUACGUCGCCCUCUACUCAUUCGAUGGAGUCCUUACGCCGACGAGUGCAUUGAAAUCUUGAAUACGGCUAAAGACGCUGUACCAUCAGACAGGUGGCUAUGCCACCUUGUCCGUGCACAACAUAUUGCUGAAGACAUUGGUCUUGAGUUUUCAAUGGACGACCCAGCUUCUCCACUCUCGUUGACCGACCCAAAAACUCAAUAUCAUUUGAAAGCCUUCGAACGACAACUGCGGGAGUGGCACGAUGCUGGAGCACCAGAACUUCUCAGGAAACCCAUCAUCCAACAUACUGAAGGGAUCAUCAACUUGUAUAUGCACGAGAUCGCCAUGCACCAUAACCACAAUAUCGAUGAUUUCCGACCGCCCUUCAAUGCUACCCCGAUCGAAGGUCCGCCCGAUCCUGACAAUGUCACUCCCGCUCAUAUUGAGGCUUUGACCACGUGCAUCCAUUCUGCACAUACUACCUUUGAUGCAUUUUUAUCCAUGGACAUCAAAAUGUUGCGAAGUCUACCAACACUUUUCUUUGUUCGCAAUUCCUACGCCGCAGUGGCCUUGAUCAAGAUGUACACAGCAGUAUCUGCCAAAGGCUCCAAGUUUGGUACAAUCUUCAAAAAAGAAGAUCUUAAAGUUGAGUAUUAUCUUGAUCGGCUCAUCGAAACCCUCACCAAGUCCUGCGAAGGGGGCAUGAGCAGGGUGGCACAUAAGUUUAGCUUGAUCUUCAAUAUGUUGAAGAGCUGGCACAUGAAACGUACUGAACCCUAUAACGGUGAUAGCAACCCAAUCUCAAGGCAGAGAACACCAAUGGGAAGAUCGAAUGCUCAACAAAUUUACAAAAGUGGCCCCCUCCAACAAGACCCAUCGAACAUGGCCUGGAAUAAUACACAACCCCGCGGAUCAAUUGAUCAAAGUGCUCCAUCUCACCAGCAACCGAGAAGUGGCCUUCACAUGCUUUCCGAGGCUGCCAUGGGACCUGGACCACCUCCAACUGUCAUGGCACAACCACAUCAGCAACCUCAGCAAUGGAUGGCACAGCAACCUAUGGGUCAAAUGUUACCUGGUGUCACAGAGAUGUCUAUGCAACAUCCCGGAAUGAUGGGCUAUCCUAUGCCUGAACUAGGGCCUAUGGAUUUCACAUCGGAUGAACUCAUGGCCUUUGGUUUUGGUGAUGAAUUUCUUGCGAUGAAUUUCGGUUUUGAACAAGGCAACUGGCCCAUUUGA